ACUCCUUGAAGGAGCCGUUGCAGAUAAUCACCGGCACUGAAAUCGCGCUCGCAGCCAUUGACACGGGGAUACUCGUCCUCACCGUUCCCGGAGCCGAUGGCGGUCUGCCCACAGUGGUGGCAAAUGGAGGCCUAUUCUUGGCGCUGGUAGCCCACAUAUUCUCAGGCGAGCCCUCCUGUCUACUCCCAGACACACACUGAUGUCCAGCGCAACUGUCAAACCAGGUAUUGUAUCCUUCGCCGCAGCUUUGUCCCUACACAAGAGGUCCAGGGUGGCCGAGAUCGAGACGCGAGUUCACGAAGGGCCACCGCCUGCCCAGAUCGAAAACAGUGGACCUCAGAGCGUGCACAUCGACAACGCCGUGAAUGGGAGUAUCAUCACCGCCUCACCACCGGCGCCCACUGCGCCAGACGCAGGCCUUCACCGCGACCCCUCGAGGCGGUACAUCGGUGCACCCUCGCAUCAAAGCCCCCGAGUCUUGCGCGUCUACAUCUUGUGCAUCGCAUCGACGUCUGUGGGCUUUAUAUUUGUGCUCAUAAGUGUCCUCGUGCUCGUGUGGACGCUUCAGUCGUGCGGCAUGAGCAUAUUCAUAUCAGCUGUCUUGGUGGUAGGCGUUUUGUCACUUGGCGCCGUACUUAUCCCAGACAAUGUCAUAAGCAUGGUGAGGGACAAGCUGAGUACGAGCACUAACAGUCAGAGCAAGAGGUUACAGGAACUUUCAUUGGUGGUGAUUACGAGGUGUCGGCAGGUGUAUCGGCACACGGUUCACCUCGUCGCCAAUUGUGUAAUCAACACACGCCAGAUUUUUGAGUAUAUUUUCGGUCGCCGAAAUUGAAGACAAUGUCCACAGUAUCUAACGUAUACCCCCUUAGUUUCAAGGAAUCAACCAGACGUGCCGGUAUUGCAGGGUGGAACUAUUUAAUGCCGUUGAUGUCGUAGCCAUGACUGAAUAUCUUAAACUUAUUCACUAACACUCCUAAUACCUACUGCACCAGAUCUCACUAUUUAUCGUAUCUAAAUUAUCGGACUCUCAUGUAAAUUCU